GGAAGAAGGAGGAUGGAGAUUGGAAUGUGAAAAGGAAAAAAAUGACUUAAUUUGAUCGAUUGAUGAUAGGCAAAAUUUGCUCGGCCACCUUAGUCAUUACGGCUUAAAUAAUAGGUGUUAUUCCCUUCCCUUCAUCUCCCCAGCACUUUCUCUCUUAUGCCUUCACUUUCUCUCUCUAACCUUCACUUUCUCUCUCUAACCUUCACUUUCCCUCUCUAAAAUUUACUUUCUCUGUAUAGACUUUGCUCUUUUUUUCUUAUUCCAAUCUGUAGUUUUUUUGAACUCUCGGAAUUAUCAGUUUCACCGCAAAUGAGCUUCUUUCUCUGAAUCAUCAGUGAUCACGGUUAAUCAUGUUCGGCAGACUCAUUUGUUCUGUAGCAUGAGCGUCACGGCUUCGAGCUUUGUUUCUCAUAGCUGCAAUAACUCUUAACGUAGGAAAAUGGUGUUAGAUGUGGAUCUCAAUGUGCCACUUCCUGAUAUCAAUAAUGAAGUUGGCUCGAGCCUAGCGACUGCGGCUACUCAAGUCCAAGUUAAUCAACGAGAUUCUGCAGCAGAAAUGGUGCCAAUUGAUGUUGAUGCAUUCGAUGACGAUGUUGUUGUUUUAUCCUCUCCAAGGGCUAUUAGUGAGGUUAGAAAUAUUUCGAGAAGGAAUCGGAAUAGAAGCAAUUUUGUUGAUGUUGAAUCAGAAACUACUAGACGAGUUGUAACUAAUACCCGUAGCAAGCGGCGAAGAGUCCCAACAAGCCAGCCUAUCAUCAUCUCAGACAAUGGUGUGAAUGAAAUUGGCGUUGGUUCGGCACCUCCACCGCCAUUACCACCUCCCCCUCCUCCUCCCGAGCCCACAUUUAGUUGUCCUAUUUGCAUGGGUCCAUUGGUUGAAGAGAUGACAACAAAAUGUGGUCACAUUUUCUGCAAGGCGUGCAUCAAAAAGUCAAUUUCAGCUCAAGGGAAAUGUCCUACUUGUAGGAAAAAGGUGACAAUGAAAGAUACACUCCGAAUCUACCUUCCCGCAACAACUCAAUCUUAAGGCUCAUAUUGAGGAAAUUCCUGCUGUCUUUGUUUUGCUCAGAUAGAAAAAGAUAAGAAUUUGCUGAUCUUCAACAGAUUAUUGAUUUUGAUGGUAAAUUUACACAGGUGGGGAAAUAACCCUCCUGACUGGUCUCUUUGUAAAAUGUACUCACAUUGGAUAGAUUUUUACUUUUCUUACCCCUUUUUGGAAUUAUAGUCUUAGGGCUUUUGAGGUUAUUAGUUCCCAUUUGGGUCAUUUUAUCCAAAUGUUAGGGUCAGUGGCCUUUGAAACAAAAACUUCACUCACUAAUAUUGUUGGCAAUAUAUUAGAUGAGCUAUUUAUUUGUUAUCCUAAAUAGUGAAUCCCCAUAUACUUUUUUUUAUAUAUAUAUGGCUUAGUUAGUUGGAUUUUGCUUUUUUUGUUAUAUAUGCCUUUAUUUUCUGCCUCUUUUGCCAAUUUUUGCUUGAAGUAAAAUGGCUAAAUACGAGAUCGGGUCUCGUUUCAGUUGGAGCAUGUACCGCUUUUCAAUGUAAGUUCUUCGUUUGAUUCUCACUGCCUCAUUCCGCUUUCUGAGCCUUCUUCGUGCUUCAAUAGGCUCGUAUGCUUCAAUUUCCUAUCUUUAACUUGAAUCUACAACUUGUACUCGGGCAUUUAACAUGAGAUUAGAAACAUAUACUCAAAUUCUCAUAAAUUGCAUUAAUCUAAUGAACCACACACCACACAAAGAGAAUAAUGAGCUCAUACUUGAUCCCUUAAGCUAAUGAAAAACAAGUUGCAUUACAAACUUUACCAUAGUUAAAAACUACUUUAUUCAUGCAUACAACUAUAGACUAUUACAACUACCACAAGAUAGAAAACUCAUAAUUCCCACCAUAAUAAUGA